AUGGCACCUUAUGAAGCUUUAUAUGGUAAAAAAUGUAGAUCCCCAAUUGGCUGGUUCGAAAAAGGUGAAACUGCCUUAUUUGGGCCAGAUCUUGUUCAUCAGGCUACGGAAAAAGUCAAAGUGAUACAGCAGCGGCUAGAAACAGCUCAAAGUCGACAUAAAUCAUAUGCGGAUGUUAGAAGGAGAGGACUAGAAGUUUCUAUAGGGGAUUGGGUGUUCUUGAAGGUGUCACCAAUGAAAAGGGUAAUGAGGUUUGGUAAAAAGGGAAAGUUGAGUCCACACUAUAUAGGGCCAUAUAAGGUUAUCCGAAGAAUUGGCCAAGUUGCGUAUGAGUUAGAGUUACCUCAAGAGCUUUCAACCGUUCAUCCAGUGUUUCAUGUCUCAAUGCUUCGAAAAUGCGUAGGUGACCCAUCAUGUAUUACUCCUACUGAAGAUGUACAAGUUACGAGAGAUCUCACUUAUGAAGAAGUACCCAUUGCUAUUCUGGAUCGACAAGUUAGGAAGUUAAGAAAUAAAGAAGUAGCUUCUGUAAGAAUAUUAUGGAGGAACCAACAAGUAGAAGAAGUCACAUGGAAAGCGGAAGAAGCAAUGAAAUUGAAGUAUCGUCAUUUCUUUCAGAUAAAUGAGAAGGAUGAAGAUGCAUAG